AUGAAUCACGGCGAAGCUCAAGGUUCCGGUGGCCGCCAUAGGGGUUCUGGUGGUCGUUCUCCGUCGUCUGGGCAAAGAGGUCAUCGUCAUAAUAGCGAAAAUCCGGUUACAGUUGAUAGGCCUUUCGGUGAAUCUUCUUGUAGUAGGAACAGGGGAUCUCAAGGGAGAGGAAGAGGUAGAAAUAGUCCAAAGCAAGCUUGGGUUGUGACGUCACCCCAAGUUUCCCAUGUGAAUAGAAAAUCCCAAGAGGAUGGGACUGGUUCUACUUAUAAGCAACCUGAUGAAGUUGCUGCCUUGAAGAUCUCUGGAGAUGACAAGGAUCUUUUGCAAUCAUCUGCUUCGUCUACCUCAACCAACAUUAAUCUUGUUAGUGGAGGUGAGGACAAGGAUGUCAGGGAAUGCAUUGUGAUCAAACAGUCACAUGUUUCCUUGUCUUGCCAGGAGUCUCCGUCUUCUUCUACAAGUGAUCACAAGGUUGAGAUUUCUAGUGGCGAGGAUCAUGAUACUGCUCACAAGUCUGGUGAUGCAGAGAACGCUUCGAAUGAAAGUGAGAAGAGACCUUUCGAUCUCUUCUUGAAGACGAAGGUGUUUAGACUAAAACCGUCCGUGUUUGAACUGAACAAAGAUAAGAGGAAAGAAAGUAAGGGCUACACUGGAAGUGUUAUCAGACCUGGAAUGGUACUUCUUAAGAACUACUUGUCAAUCAAUGAUCAAGUGAUGAUUUUGAAGAAAUGCCGUCAGCUUGGUGUGGGUGAAGGAGGCUUCUACCAACCAGGUUAUCGAGAUGGAGCGUCACUCCAUUUGAAGAUGAUGUGCCUUGGGAAAAACUGGGACCCUCAAACGUGUAGAUAUGGAGAAACUCGACCGACUGAUGGUUCAACACCACCUCAAAUCCCUGUUGAAUUCAAUCGUUUUGUUGAGAAAGCAGUCAAAGAAUCUCAGUCCCUAGCUGCUGAGAUACCAUAUAUGUCACCAGACAUCUGUAUUGCUAACUUCUACACAUCCACCGGGAGACUCGGUCUCCAUCAGGACAAAGAUGAGAGCAUAAAGUCCAUUCGAAAGGGAUUGCCUGUUGUUUCGUUUUCCAUUGGAGAUUCGGCCGAGUUCUUGUAUGGUGAUCAGAGUGAUGAGGACAAGGCUGAGAAAGUUUUCUUGGAGUCUGGAGAUGUUCUCCUAUUUGGUGGCAAAUCCAGAAAUGUCUUCCAUGGCGUCAGAUCAAUUAAUAAAAAUACUGCACCCAAGGUUCUUGUGCAGGAAACAAGUCUUCGACCAGGUCGUCUGAAUUUGACUUUUAGGCAGUAUUAA